ACGGAGAGCUUAAUCCGCAGCCACAGCGCCUCCGCCAUUCAGCCAGACUGUCGACUGAUCCUGGAGGGUCAGGACCGAGCACAAGCAAAAGUAGAGCCCGCCUCAAGCUUUUUCCCUGUUUCUCCAGUAGCAGCAGAGACACCCCACACCGAAGCGACAAAAUGCGUGAGAUUGUGCAUCUGCAGGCCGGGCAGUGCGGGAACCAGAUUGGAGCAAAGUUCUGGGAGGUGAUCAGUGAUGAGCAUGGCAUCGACCCAACGGGAACCUACCAUGGAGACAGUGACCUGCAGCUGGACAGAAUCAAUGUCUACUAUAAUGAGGCCUCAGGUGGCAAGUAUGUUCCUAGGGCCAUCUUAGUAGAUCUGGAGCCAGGCACUAUGGACUCUGUCCGUUCCGGGCCUUUUGGACAGAUCUUCAGGCCGGACAACUUUGUCUUUGGUCAGAGUGGAGCGGGAAAUAACUGGGCGAAGGGCCACUACACAGAGGGAGCUGAGUUGGUGGACUCUGUCCUGGAUGUGGUGAGGAAGGAGGCUGAGAGCUGCGACUGCCUUCAGGGUUUCCAGCUCACACACUCCCUGGGUGGCGGCACUGGUUCUGGUAUGGGAACUCUGUUAAUCAGCAAGAUCCGUGAGGAGUAUCCGGAUCGUAUCAUGAACACCUUCAGCGUGGUGCCCUCUCCUAAGGUGUCAGACACAGUGGUGGAGCCCUACAACGCCACACUGUCUGUCCACCAGCUGGUUGAGAACACAGACGAGACUUACUGCAUUGACAACGAGGCCCUGUAUGACAUCUGCUUCCGCACCCUCAAACUCACCACUCCUACUUAUGGAGACCUCAACCACUUGGUCUCUGCCACCAUGAGUGGGGUCACAACUUGCCUGCGUUUCCCCGGUCAGCUCAAUGCUGACCUCCGCAAGCUGGCUGUCAACAUGGUUCCCUUCCCUCGUCUGCACUUCUUCAUGCCCGGCUUUGCACCGCUCACCAGCAGGGGUAGCCAGCAGUACAGAGCCCUCUCUGUGCCCGAACUCACUCAGCAGAUGUUUGACGCCAAGAACAUGAUGGCCGCCUGCGACCCACGCCAUGGCCGCUACCUGACUGUGGCCGCUGUGUUCCGUGGGCGCAUGUCCAUGAAGGAGGUGGACGAGCAGAUGCUGAAUGUGCAGAAUAAAAACAGCAGCUACUUCGUGGAGUGGAUCCCCAACAACGUCAAGACAGCCGUGUGUGACAUCCCGCCCCGUGGCCUCAAGAUGGCCGCUACCUUUAUUGGUAACAGCACAGCUAUCCAGGAGCUGUUCAAACGCAUCUCUGAGCAGUUCACUGCCAUGUUCCGCCGCAAAGCUUUUCUCCACUGGUACACUGGCGAGGGUAUGGAUGAGAUGGAGUUCACUGAAGCAGAGAGCAACAUGAACGACUUGGUGUCCGAGUACCAACAGUACCAGGAUGCCACAGCUGAGGAGGGCGAGUUUGAGGAGGAGGGAGAGGAGGAGGUGGCCUAAGGCUAAAGUCACUCAUCGUUUUCUCAUCUGCACUCAUCAUGACUCCAUCCAACCAUCCAUCCACUCAUUCCAGUCCUACUCUGCUCUUGAUUUUUUAUUUCUUUUUUAGAGCACUGUCCCUUCCCAAUUCCCUUAUUCCUAUAUUUCCUUUGUUUUUUCCCUUUUCUGACUCUUUUUUGUUUUUCUUCUCUCUUCUUUUCUUGACCCCCCACCCCCACUUCAUGCCAGAGUAGGACUCACAGUCUGAACACCUAAACUCAGUGCUCAUUUAGAGGUAGCUAACACAAAUGUGUGCUUGUGGUCUUUUUGUCAAAUAGCUUCUUUUUUGUUUUGUUUGUUGUUUUAGUUUUUUUUGUUAAUGUUUGUAAAUUAUCAUCAGUUAUUGAUUCCAUACCUGGAACACAUUCACUUCAUUAAAAUAUUAUGACUUGUGUAAUUUGGCAUUAAGUAAAAUAAAUUUGUUGGAAAAAAUA